UUCCGCCCAGCCUUCCAUCCGAGCUGUGAUGGCGUUGUGAGAUAUUACAUUAUGAUGUUUAUAAAGAAGCAAGGCUAUUGAAAUAAGACGUGAAAUGUUCACAAUGGCCGAGAGUAUCGAGGCAAGACGGGAAAACUGGCUGAGAGUUGUCUGGGGACUCCUGUACGUGAGAGAAGGACUGCAGGGAUACGUGGAUACAAAAAGCGAACAGCAAUAUCAAGCGUUUAAGAAAAACGUCAUUGGAAAGUGCAAUAACCAAACAUGUGAUAAAUGUCAGUUUAACAGUAAAUGCCCAAACGGCAUGACUAAAAAGACUGGUAAAUCACCAUUUAGACCGGGCCAUUUCUGUGACGAAAUGAACAAAGAGGUACAAAAUAACCAUGUAAAAUACACUCCAUUCUUGGUAAAUACAGACUCUACAAAAUGGCUGGAUCCACAACUGGGUCAUUGGGAGGUGACAAAGUGCUAUCUUAGUACAUCCGGCUAUAUGGAUAAGACGGGACCAAAUCACGUAGACGCUUCUGGACUUCUGAGCAUCUGCAUUAACAGUUCGUUUAUCAAACAACACAUAUCAAACAUUCAACAAUUUGAAGAGGUACGAAAUAUAAGGAACAAGACCCUGCAUGACGCCAACUACGAGUUUGACAGACAAACAGCAGAAGAUUGUCUGGACAAGAUGAUUGCCGUGUUGCUGGACCCACAGGAACUCGUAUAUAAUACGUCUGCUAAAGAUGCUGCAGAUCACAUAAGAACCAUCAAGGAGACGUCUUCAAAGAUACCUGAGUUUAUUAGUAAAGCGCUAGGAAAAUCGUUACAGACAAACUUUGAAGUAGAAAGCGCACUUAAACAAAUAGAAGAGCAAAUGUGUGUGCGAUUACGAAAGGAACUGAAGGAGGAACUCACACACUACAUUAAUGCAGAAAUGAAACACAAACUAGCAGACGCUAACGAGGAAGGACGCAGAUAUUUUGAUCGAGUCGAGGAUCAGGAAGCCAAGCUGAGAGCUUUACAGAAAGCAAACAUCCAGUUUAUUCUGGCAAACUACGGAACGAUUCCGCUGAAUCCCAUCGUACAGCAUCAACAUUCAAAGCUAGUAGAUUUCUACGAACCUCCAAAAAUGACGAAAACAGUCUUAGAGACGGACAAAAAUAGUGCAUCCUGCAGUGUGCAAAAGACUAUCAACAAAAUUGAGGACAUAUUUAUUUCGAAUCGAUCCAAAGAUGACAAAGACCCAUUAUACCCAAACAGAGUUUACAUUUCAGGUGAAGCAGGAAUGGGUAAGACCUCUUUUAGUCAGUAUUUGGCUUUAGCUUGGUGUGCUGUGCAUGGCGAUAGUGAGGAGUGUGUGAGAAUGAGAGAAAAAAUAAAAACGUUUAAACAUUUCAACGACAUUGAUUACCUGAAACAAACACAGUUGCUAUUUCUACUUCAUUUGCGAGAGUUUGAGAACGAAUCUGAAUGCAAGACAAUGUUGAGCUCAUACUUGCACUUAAAGUUGGGGUUCUCUGUGAGAGAUGCUAGUGAACUGAUUGCCGUUAUAAAUAACCCAAAUGCAAUCGUUCUCAUUGAUGGUCUUGAUGAAUGGAAGUGCUCUACAAAAGAAAUGCCAGAAUUUAAUUGCCUGUACCGGACGAAUAUUCUAUGCACUUCCAGACCUUGGAAGAUCGAUUAUUGUGUUACAGCACCAACGCAAACUUACAACAAAAUAACAAUCAGUGGUAUUGGGUUUGACUUUGUAAAACGCCUUGUCAUCAAUGUAACUGAUUGUUUACGCAAAGAAAGUAUUGAUGUCCGCGACAAUGUCACUGAGUUUAUUAAAACGCUUCGCAGUACAGAACUAAGAACUAUUAUUUCCCUGAACGCAUCGAAAUCAGAUGAGCUGCUAAUGAUACCUGUGGUCAUUAUACAACUCCUGUGUCUCUGGCAUGAUGAGAAAGAUUUUGGUAGUACACGAACACAGAUUUAUAUAAAUAUGGCUGAGACGCUGUUACGUCGUAUGAAGAAUCAGAGCGAACCAUACAAAGCAAAAACUUGCAAAGUUCAGAUGUUUAAAACCAUGAAAGCAAAAUGUUGCAUCGAACAAAGCGAAAAUAUCGCAAAGCUAUCAAAAUUAGCGUUUUAUUUGCUGUUCACUGGACCUGCAGAACACUCCCUUCAGUUUUCGAAAAAGGACCUUAGUAGUUUAAAUAUGUCUGAUGGAAAGAACCAAGAAAUUAAAAAGAUGUUUAAGGAAAUUAAGCAGUUUUGUUUGAACUCUGGAUUUAUUCACGGAACCGCCAGAAAAUCCAGUUCAAGUCAGGAUAAAUUAUAUAGAUUUAUCCACAAAUCGUAUCAGGAGUUUUUUGCAGCCUUACAUAUCGUUGCACAAAAUUGUGAUAAAAACACGUGUCAGGAAAUAUCGGCGAAUAUCCAAACGCUACAAAAUGUAGUUGAAUUGGCGAACGUCUUCGACUUUGUCUGCAGUUCUGACUCAACCUGCGUAGAACCAAUGGUCUCAUUGAUAGAUGAUCUAACAUCUAAGCAUGGACAGCAAGCUGAUAAUGUCAUGAGAAUCAACGUUAUAAAGACGAUCCAGGAUAUGAUUUUUGACAGUUGUUCUAAGUAUGUCAACCAAGGUAAUAUGCCAAUCAAACUUUCGAACCUUAUUGUACAGGGUUUAGAUUUAAGAACGGUUUUAAUUUGUGACAGACUUAUAAAAAUCCAAAAGAACAAUGAAAACAAAAUUCAAACACGUGAUAUGGAAAUUAUACUGAACAAAAAAGUUGGUGUUCUUUUUAUAGCUAACUUUUCCCUUUUGAGUAAUAUUGACCUUUCUCCGUUCGAUAUGGAAGAGCUUAUACUGUUGGAAGUAGGGACAAGUUUCGUAAGUUUAAGAAAGAUUCAACGCCUAAAAUGGCUUCAACUUUGCUUAAAUGAACCAUCAACUGUCUCUAUACCAUUUCAAGAUGCAGAAAACCUAACAUAUCUCGAAAUGAAGAACUGCUCCCUGUCAGGCCCACUUGACCUAUCUCAAUGUCCACUGCUAACGCUGAAGCUUUAUAACGUUAAGACAAAGAAGUUAGUACUAGGUUUUGUGGAGACAUGUCAGGUAGAGUGUAUGGAUUGUUCAUUUGAAUUUAUGAAUGCAAAACAACUUACCAAUCUCAGUAUGAUUUCGUGUUCCCUAUCUAGUACACUGGACCUAUCUCAGUGUCCAUUGAAUGGGCUGAAGCUUUUUAAGGUUCAGACAAAGAAGGUGGUUGCAAAAUGUGUGAAGACAUGUACGGUAGAGAAUAUGGACUGUUCAUUUAAAUUUACGAAUGCAAUUAAACUUACCAAACUCAGAAUGAAGGAAUGUUCCCUUCCAGGCAGUCUGGAUCUGUCUCAGUGCCAACUAGAGGAGCUAACGCUCUAUAAGGUUCAGACAAAGAAGGUGACAAUAGGUUUUGUGAAAACAUGUAUGGUAGAGCAUAUUAAUUGUUCAAUGGUAUUUACAAAUGCAACACAACUUACUUAUCUCAGUAUGAUUUCGUGUGAUCUCCCUAGCCCGCUGGACCUAUCUCAGUGUCCAUUGUUGAACCUAAGGCUUUAUAAUGUACAGACAAUAAAGGUGGUUAUUGGUUGUGUUGAGACAUGUGAGAUAGAGUUAAUGGAUUGUUCAUUUGAAUUUAAGAAUGCAAUACAAAUGACCAAUCUCAGUAUGAUGUCGUGUUCCCUUCCAGUCCAACUGGACUUGUCUCAUUGUCCACUGGAGACGCUGAUGAUGCGCAAUUGUUCUCUGUCAGGCCCACUAGACCUAUCUAAAACUCCACUGGUGAAGCUGAAGCUUUAUAAUGUUCAGACAAAGAAGGUAGUUACAUGUGAUGUGAAGAUAUGUAUGGUAAACCAAAUGGAUUGUUCAUUUGAAUUUACGAAUGCAAUCAAACUUACCAAUCUCAGUAUGACUUUGUGUUCCCUUCCUGGCCAACUGGACCUAUCUCAGUGUCCACUGAAAGAGCUAAAGCUUUCAAAGGUUCAGGCAAAGAAUGUGAUUAUAGGUUGUUGUGAGACAUGUGUCGUAGAAAAUAUGGAUUGUUCCUUUGAUUUUACGCGUGCAAUAAAACUAUGCACUCUUAAAAUGAUGGACUGUUCCCUUCAAGGCCAACUGGACUUAUCGCAUUGUCCACUUGAGGAACUUAAGCUGAAUAAUAUUCAGACAAGGAAGGGUGAUACAGGAUGUGUGGAAACAGGUAUCGAUGAGCAAAGGGAUUGUUCACUUGAAUUUACGAAAGCAAUCAAACUAAAAAAUCUAAGUUUAAUGUCGUGCUCCCUUCCUGGCCAACUUGACCUAUCUCGAUAUCCAUUGAAAGUUCUGAAGCUUUAUAAGGUCCAGACAAUUAAAGUGGAUAUAGGUUGUGUAGAGACAUGUAUGGUUGAGCAUAUGGAUUGUUCAUUUGAUUUUUUGAAUGCAAUCAAACUUACCAAUCUCAGUGUAAUGUCUUGUUCCAUUCCAAGCCAACUGGACCUGUCCAAGUGUCCACUGGAGAAGCUGGAACUGUAUGCGGUUAACACAAAGAAGGUUGUUAUGGGUCGUGUGGAGACAUGUACGAUACAGCAUAUGAAUUGUUUAUUUGACUUUACGAAUGCUAUGAAUCUAACUAACCUUAGAAUGAUAUCGUGUUCCCUUCCUGGCCCUGUUGACCUAUCCCAUUGUCCACUGAAAGAGUUGAUACUUGAUCAUAUCACUACAAUAAAGGCCGUUGCAGCUUGUGUUGAGAAACUUUCGAUGCAGGACAUAAAUAUGACAUUUGAAUUGACGAAUUCAAUCAAACUAAGCAAUCUCAGUAUGAUAUCAUGUUCCUUUCCUGGCACUCUGGACCUAUCUCAGUGUCCACUGAAGGAGUUGAAACUUGAUAAGGUCAAGACAAAGAAGCUUAUUAUAGGUUGUAUGGAGACAUGCACGUUAGAGAAAAUAGAUUGCUUAUAUGAAUAUACGAAUGCAUUUAAACUUACCACUCUCAGAAUAAUGUCAUGUUCCCUACCUGGCCCACUGGACUUGUCUCAAUGUCGACUGGUGGAGCUAAAACUUUCUAAUGUUCUGACAAAGAAGGUGGUCAUAGGUUGUGUGGAGACAUGUAUGGUUGAACGUAUGAAGUGUUCAUUUGAAUUCACGAAUGCAACCAAACUUUCAAAUCUAAGUAUGAUUUCGUGUUCCCUUUCUGGUCCGCUGGACCUAUCCAAGUGUCCACUGGAGGUGCUGAAACUUUAUAAUGUUCAGACAAACAAGUUGGUUACAUGUUGUGUGAAGAGAUGUACGGUAAAGAAUAUGGAGUGUUCAGUUGAAUUUACGAAUGCAACCAAUCUCACCAAUCUCCGUAUGAUGUCGUGUUCCUUUUCUGGUCCUCUGGAUCUAUCUCGCUGUCCAUUGAAAAAUCUGAAGCUUAAUUUGAUUAAAACCGACAAGGUGGUUGCAGGUUGUAUCGAAAAAUGUACGCUUCAGCAUAUGGAAUUUUCAUUUCAAUUUACGAAUGAAAUAAAAGUAACUAAUCUCAGAAUAAUGGACUGUGUUCUUCUAUGUCCACUGGACCUAUCCCAGUGUCAACUGGAGGAGCUGAAGCUUGAUAAGGUUAAGACGGAGAAGGUGAUUAUAGGUUGUAUGGAGACAUGUUCCAUAGAGAAUAUGCAUUGUUCGUUUGAAUUUGCGAAUGCAAUUAAAAUUAACAAUCUGAGUAUGAUAUCGUGUUCCCUUCCCGGACCACUGGACCUAUCUCAGUGUCAACUGGUGGGGCUGAAUCUCGAUAAGGUUAAGACGACGAAGGUGAUUACAGGUUUUGUAGAGACAUGUAACGUAGAGAAUAUGGACUGUUCGUUUGAAUUAACGAAUGCAUUACAUCUUACUAAUCUUAGCAUGAUUUCAUGUUCCCUUCCAGGCCCGCUUGACCUGUCUCCUUUUCCAUUGGAGAAGCUGAAGCUUUAUAAUGUUAAGACAAAGCUAUUGGUUACAUGCUGUGUGGAGACAUGCACGUUAGAGCAUAUGGAUUGUUCAUUUGAUUUGACGAAUGCAAUCAAACUUACCAAUCUCAGUAUGACGUCGUGUUCCCUUCGAAGCCCGCUGAAUCUGUCCAAGUGUCCACUGGAGAAGCUGAGGCUUGACAAUGUUCAGACAAAAAAAAUGGUUUCAGGUGUUAUGAUGAAAUGUAUAGCAAUGCAACUGAAUAGCUCAUUUGAAUUUACAAAUGCGAUUCAACUCACUUAUCUUUUCAUUACUUCGUGUUCGCUUCCUGGCCCUCUAGACCUGUCUCAAUGCCCACUGGUUGAGCUAAAGCUUACUCACGUUCAGACAAAGAAGGUGGUGACAGGUUGUUUGGAGAUAUGUAUUGUAGAGCAUGUGGAUUGCUCAUUUGAAUUCAUGGAUGCAACAAAACUUACCAAUCUCCGUAUGCUUUCGUGCUCCCUUCCUGGCCCACUGGACUUAUCUAAGUUUCCACUGGAGGUAUUGAAGCUUUCUAAAAUUCAAACAAAGAAGGUAGUGAUAGGUUCUUUGGAGACAUGUAUGUUAGACCAUAUGGAGUGUUCACUUGAAUUUACGAAUGCAAAAAACCUUACCAAUCUCCUUAUGAUUUCUUGUUCCCUUUUUGGCCCGCUGGACCUAUCUAUGUGUCCACUGGAGGUGCUGAAGCUUUUUAAGGUUCACACAAAAAAGUUAGUUGUAGGUUGUGUAGAGACAUGUACGGUAGAGUAUAUGGAUUGUUUAAUUGAAUUUACGAAUGCAGUCAAUCUUGCCAAACUGUGUAUGACGUCGUGUAACCUUCCAGGCUCUCUGGAUCUAUCUAAAUGUCCACUCGAGGAACUUAAACUUGAUAAGGUUCAAACAAAGAAGGUUGUUACAUGUUGUGUGGAUACAUGUACGAUAAAGAAUAUGGAUUGUUCAUUUGAAUUUAAGAAUGCAACCAAACUAACAGAACUCAAAAUGAUGGAUUGUUGCCAUUCUGGACCUCUGGACCUAUCUCAGUGUCCACUGAAGAAGCUGGAUAUGAAGACAUGCUCGCUGUCUGGCCAACUGGACCUUUCUCAGUGUCCACUGAACUUACUGAUGCUGAAUGGUGUGAGGACAGUGAAUGUGGUUAUUGGUUGCGUGGAACAACUUGUGGUUUUAGAUUUAAAUUUUCCAUUCAGAACACGUAUAUGCAUAUCAUUUUUAAAUGCAAACAAUCUAACUCGCCUCAGUAUGACAAACUGUAUCAUCCAAGGCCCACUUAACUUGUCGAAGUGUCCACUGAAGAAUCUUUCCUUGAAGGUGGUGGACACAGACAUGGUAAUUGUUGGUUGGGUGGAGAAAUGUGCAUUUAAAAACAUGUCCUGUUCUUUUCAGUUAACAAAUCAAAACACACUCAUCGAUCUCAGUUUUAUUGACUGUUUUCCGACUCAACCAGUGAACCUCUCAAAUUGUCCAUUUCAAUUUCUUGAACUUGUAAAAGUUGAUUUAAGCCAGUUCAAAUUAGGAUCACUAGAGACAUUAAAAAGGCUGCGCAUAUCAGACGGUCGACUCCUUUCCGAACUUCCUUCAAGCGCUUCAAACCUUGUGCAUGUGAUUUUAGAGCAUAACGAAAUACAGAAUUGUAUUGAUUAUCAGCCAUUGACAACAUUAGAAAUAAAAGAAACUUGUGGCAAAAUGGCAUGUAUUGAACUGUCAAAAACAGCUAUAGAAUGUUUAAUACUGCAUGAUCCAAAAAUGUCCCCGCUCUUGUUUGAGCAGCAGAUGGAGCAACUCUAUAGCCUGCCCCGCAAGGUAACGUGUUCGGUGAGGGGAUCGUCAAGGUACUGGAAUAAGCGUGACGUGGGAAAGAAAUUGAUAAAAGCAAUUCAAAAGAUGAAGAAUGAGGGUCGAUUUUCUGUGAAAGAAACGCAAGAUCCUAUGACUUUCACUAUAAUUACUAGAAAAUAAAAAAAAAUCAGUUUGUCCAGGUCACAAGUACCGUGUAGGAAGAUAGGCUGUACCGAGAGAGGAAGUAUCGACAUAGGAUAUGAAGCCAUAAACCUUUUUGUAGUAAACAAUUCCAUAAACUUAAACGAUGGAAUGGCUAUAUAUCGAAAAGGUUCAUCGCACACUGACAUUUAUGUCGGUAGCAGAAAUAAACAAUAUAUCAUAUUAAAAACAGUAUCAAAAAGUAUAGCGGCACAGAAUAAGUCUUGUACACACUUGUCUAUAAUAAUAGUACGUUCUAAGGAAAUGAAAUCAAAAUAGAUAUGUAUUAUGAAUAAUACAGUAAAACAUGAACCAUGAAGAAGUUAAUCAAAUUCUUAUGCAAUAAAUCGAGAGAUUACAAGAAUGCCAGCAUAACAAUGAAAUUCGCUAAACAAUUCUUAUUUUCUAGUGCAAUGACUUUCAUUUUAACUAUGCUAAUAGAAACAAGUCCAGUAAAACGUUUUUUUUACAUUUUAUAGAAUAAUGUUUACCUGAUAAUCUUUACUUCCUGAUAAUCUUUACUGCAACCUUUAUACAUUGACAAGUACAUAUCUGUCUUUAUAAAAUGCAAAACACAUUGAAUUGUUAAACAACAGUGUGAGUGAAGAAGUUUCACUGACUGAUCAAGUUACACGAAUAAAGAGAAAUACUCUGUGACUGGUAUACAAAAUGUCUAAAAUGAACUGGUUAAACAACAUGGUAAAGUAAAUGGAUCACAUUGGUUAGUUAAACGAAAUGAAUAAAAUGAUGUAGUCAGGACUAUGAAUGACAUUGACUGGUAGAACAAAAUAAAAUGAAAUUGUUAGAAAUUUGAAUCCCAAAUGAGAUGAAUGUGCUGUUACAUACACAUUCAAGUUAAAGCAUGAAGGAAAACUGGUUGUUCAACAAUAGUGUAUGUUUGUGUGGGGGUGCGUGCGUGAGGGCGUGUGUACGUGUGUGUGAGGAAACGUGUGCGCCCGUGAUUGUAUAAUAUUGCAAACAGCCUGUGCAAAAGCCUUGUAUAUUUCUUCUUCUUCACAUUAUUCUGAUCCAAUUCUAGCUUCUCAUUUGCU